AUGAAGUCGAAAUCAGCGAUUGAAGAAUUUCUGGAGUUGUGCGAGCAAGCGCAGCCUGUGAUUGGACAUUCAGUAAACGCACAUGGGAGCUUAGUGGUGGAGAGCGAUUCACUGGUAGAAUCUUCGAGCAAUUAUGCUCUCUGUUCGACUUCAACUAAUGAAUUUCUUGGGAAACCUUCGCAAGCUGAAAUAGAAGAUUCUGUCUCAUUGUUACGGCGCGAUGGAGAGGAUGUCACCCAUGGUUCUGAAUCUUAUCAAUCCCCUAUUGCUCAUUCAACCCCAAGUCCAUGUGACGAAAAUGCUGGGUUCUGGAUUGAUUGCGAUAAGAUUUCGGAGGAUCUGAGGCGAGAUACUGUCGCAAUCACAAAGAAGUAUUUCUUCAGAUAA